AUGUUUCCGAAGAGUUUACUUGAACUGGUGCUGAAGAUAAGAAAUAGCAUUAUAUUGUUUUGUCUGAAUCCAGGUCCAAGGCCACCUUUGGCUAAAUUAAGCAAUGUUACCUGCAUCCCAGAGACAACUUAUAAAUAUCCUGAUUUGCCUAUAAAUCGAUGUAAAGAAGAGGUUAUUUCUUUGAUAGAAAGUAAUUCUGUGGUGAUUAUUCAUGGUGCCACAGGGAGCGGUAAAAGUACUCAGCUCCCACAGUAUAUCUUGGAUCAUUACAUUCAGCGCUCGGCCUACUGCAACAUCGUGGUCACCCAGCCCCGGAAGAUCGGGGCCAGCAGCAUCGCCAGGUGGAUUAGUAGAGAGCGCGCCUGGGCUCUGGGAGGCUUGGUGGGCUACCAGGUAGGGUUGGAGAAAAUAGCAACGGGAGACACGAAGUUAAUUUAUAUGACAGCUGGAGUCCUGCUUCAAAAACUCGUUAGUGCCAAGAGUUUGAUGGAGUUCACCCAUGUCUUCAUUGAUGAAGUCCAUGAGCGAACUGAAGAAAUGGAUUUCCUGCUGUUGGUAGUCCGCAAACUUUUAAGAACAAAUUCACGUUUUGUGAAGGUAGUCCUGAUGUCAGCCACCAUCAAUUGUAAAGAUUUUGCAGAUUACUUUGCUGUUCCUGUUCAGAACAAGAUGAACCCUGCAUAUGUUUUUGAAGUGGAAGGAAAGCCCCAUUCAAUUGAAGAGUAUUAUCUCAACGAUUUGGAGCAUGUUCAUCACAGCAGGCUCUCUCCUCAUCUCCUAGAGGAGCCGGUGAUAACUAAGGAUAUAUAUGAAGUUGCUGUCUCCUUAAUUCAGAUGUUCGAUGACUUGGAUAUGAAAGAGAGUGGGAAGAAGACCUGGUCAGGUGCCCAGUUUGUGUCAGAGCGGAGCAGCGUGUUGGUGUUUUUACCGGGUUACAGGUCUAUCCACUCCAUUCCAGUGUGACUUUGGAGGAACAGAAUAAUGUGUUUUUAAGCCCGGUGCCUGGAUACAGAAAGAUUAUUCUGUCCACCAACAUUGCAGAGAGUUCUGUCACAGUUCCAGAUGUCAAAUAUGGUAAGAUGCCUCUCUGUUUUCCUCACCACAUAAACUGUAGCAUUUGUAGAUGUAUCUUCCCCUCCGGAAUUGUUCUCCCCUCUCUUCCCCAUCUCUC